GUGGUGUCAGCUCUGCCUAGCCUGCUUGAUGAAGGCAGACAUGCCUUGGGACUCAGCAAGGUAUGCAGGGACAUGCCUAUGGGCAGAACUCUGAGGUUUUUCCAUGCCAUGUGAUGGACAGCUUGUCUUUGGAACAAAGGAAGAAAGACCACAUGGCAAGAGACUAUAAAAAGCUGCUGCAGCUCCUUCAUCUUGUCUUCAAUCCUGCUUCUUACCUCUGGAGGAACUUUGUUACACUGAAGCUUUGAACCAAGGACUGAAAGACUCAUCCCAGCUGUGGAUGUACUCCAGAGUUUUGAUUUGAAUCUGCAGUUUAUUCUAUCACUGCUACAAGCCUGAACCAAGAACUUUGCCAUUACUGGAAAGUGAAGCAGACAUAAGAAGCAAGUACAAAUUAUUUUCAUAUCCUGCACUUUAUAAAGAUGAAGAAGAAAAACAGAGAACAUAGUGAGAGCCUUGAAAGCAAAUGUAUGCAGAGUGUGGAAGUUUGUCCUCAUUCUCCUUUGCUCUUUGAAGAUCAAUCUUCCCAGGACAUUGAUGUUCAUAAAAAGAAAUCAAAAAAAAAGAAAACCAAGCAAGAGAAACAAGACUCUUGGCUAGAUAAUUCUUGUAUCAGUAGGAAGUGUGAAAUUAAUAAUGAAACUGUAACAGAUGCUUCCAAAAAGAAAACAAAGAAAAAAAAGAAACACAGUGAUAGUGAGCAGGAGCAAAAUAAUAUAUUCUGUAUUCCUGUGAACCAAGAGGUGGACACAACUUUGGAGAGUGUUGAUUAUAUUUAUGUAAAGGCAUCUGCUAAGAAGAAAAAAAGAAAAAAGAAUUUGUCAGAAGAGGUGGAUGAGGUAAACGAACGGCCUGGCUUGUAUGCAUUUGGAAAUGAUUGCAGAAGCCAAAAAAAGAAAAAGAGAAAACGGACCCUCCCCUGUGAUACACAAGAAGCCAGAGAUGAAACCUUCGCAUCAUCGUUUUUGUCAUAUUCAGAACAAAAUUCUAUGUCCUCCCAAGAAAGGAAUGAUGAGGUUAUGAUGUCAGGGUCAUCUACUAAAAUGAGCAUCCCAGUAGUGCCCAAAAAAUGCCACAAAACCCAUGAAGGUGGAAAAUCCUCCAAAGAAGAUAAGGCUGUUAUGACAAAGAUUUCUUCAGUAUUUGAUGAAAAUCCUCUGGAUGUGACUGCUGAUAUUUCUAAGGUUACUUCAGAGGAUAAUAAUGGCUGUUCUGAAGAAACCAUGGUACCGGUUAGAAAGUUUGAUUUCCCUUUCCAGUCACACUCUGAACAAGCAACCUCAGAAGCUAAGAGAAAGUUACCAGAGUCUGUGGCAACUGAACAUGAGGAAGACCAGGAUGUUGGAUUUACAGAAUCUGAAAACUCUAUGAUGUUGAAUAAUGAAGAGUUCCUUGAAAGUUCCAUGUGUUCAGCAAUGGAUUUGGAGACUGUCAAAAGAAAACUGGAGGAAUUUAUUCCUCAAGUGUGGACAAUGUCAGAAACAUCAAUCCUAAAGAUGGCUGGGAGAGACCUGAUCAGGUUUAAAAAGUUUAAAGAACAAGGUAUGCCUAUCAAAUUUGGCAGGUUUUCUCAGAAGGAAAAUACUCAAAUACAGAAGAAUGUUGAAGACUUUUUAUCGCUUACAGAAAUAGAGAAUGCAGAGAAACUAUUAUUUACCUACCGGUACCCAGAAGAGCAAGAAGCCAUCACCAAACUGAAAACAAAAUAUGCUUUUGGUAUGAAGAUUGCUGAAGGGAUUCCACGGCCCUGGAAACAGGUAUAUUUUCGGGCAAGGAAGAUGUUUGACCCAAACAACUAUAAAGGGAGGUAUUCUGAGGACGAAAAAGAAAAAUUAAAGAAGUAUCAUGCUAUACAUGGCAACAACUGGAAGAAAAUUUCUGAGAUGAUGUCCCGCAGUACCCAUUCGGUUGCAAUGAAGUAUUCUCAGAUUAAGUCCCAGGUUAAUUCUGGUCCUUGGAGUAAGGAGGAGACACAGAAGCUAGUUCGAGCCGUGAAGGAGACCAUUCAGAAGAGGGCUGAUUUGGAAGACAUAACAUCCUUGCUACCGGCAGAGAAUUCAGAUGGAACUCUCUCAGUUGAACGUGAAAAACUGUACAAGAACAUAUCUUGGAUUGAGAUAGAGGCUAAAGUGGGAACCAGAUAUUGGAGACAGUGUAAACAAAAAUGGAUUUCAAUUGUAACAAAGAAAAUGUCCAAUGGGCAGAAUGUAUAUGGUGGGACUAAAGGUUUACAGGCCAAAAUCGAUCUUAUUAAAAGAUUGUAUGAAAUGAAGGUGGAAGACGCUAAUGAAGUGAACUGGGAAGAGCUCUGCGAGAUAAUUGGAGAUGUCCCUGAAGCCUAUGUUCAAGCCAAAUUUUACAAGUUAAAAGCUACCAGUGUCCCUUCUUGGCAAACAAAGACUUUUCCCGAAAUAAUCGAUUACCUUUAUGCUGAGACACUUCCAUUGCUUGAGGAAAAAUUAGAAAAAAGGCACAAGGGUCCUCAGAGUUGGGACAGGUUGUCUUCCAGCUGCGAGAAAAAGGUUUUCCAGUUUAGCGACAUCUUUGACAACAGUGAAGAUGAUGCUGAUGACAAUGACUGAUUAUCCUCCAAAAUGCUCCCUCUUUGCACACCCCCAAAAUGAAAAAUGGAUUCUGAUUAAACUGGGAUUAAAUCAGAAACUGAAUGUACAUGACCAUGAAAUAAUGGGAAGAAUGAAGACACGCAAGCCUGCUUCUAUUGUUUUGUAUUGAAGAGAGAAGUAAAUGUAGAUUAUUUUUUGCGGUAUCUUUGUUACUAGAGACUUUUAACCUUGUCUUCAGAUUGUUUGGGGAAGCUAAAGGUCACUUUGUACUGGACUUGUGGAAACAUUGAAAAACAAUAUUUUUUUCUUAAUACUUCAUUCAUUACAAAUUUGCUAGAAGUCCUGGGUAAGCCUGUCUGAGUGAAUUUACGUUUUCAGCAUUCUAAUGUCAAAUUAGGAUCUUCUUUUUAAAAAAAUCUGCCUUUAAAAAAAAAAAAGUCCAUUUAUUUUAAGUCUGUGUAAGUAGAAUUUUUUUAAUUUACUGUGUUCAGUAUUUAAAAAAAAUGCAACAAACUGUUUAGGUAAGUAAAGGGUACCACUAGUUUUCAGAGAUGAUAACUGGGGAUAAAUCAACGUAAAAUCUAAUGACUAAGAUUUUGUAGAUUCUGCCAAACAUUUUCCACCUAAUUGAAACAUUGGAAUAUUAAUGAAACCAGUGUACUGUUAGCCAGACUGCGGAGAAUUGAUUGCUAUAUGGCUAAUUUAAGCUGUUACACUGGUCAGUCAAUAACUACACAGUUGCCCCUUUCUCCUUGUGCCCCCCUUUGCUCUGACUGACUAAGACAAAUCCAUUUCAGUUUAAUCAUUUAUAUGACCAAACUGAUUUUGAUACUGUAAAAAUGGUCAAAUAACUGAAGUUUAUAAACACUCUAUUGAUCUGAAGAAUUUUUUUCAGAAAAGUGUACUUAAGAAUCUUUAUUACAUAGCCCACAUUGGGCACUGUAGAAGUAUUAGAGUAAUAAAUUUUUGAAGAGUUAUGGAGCAUUUCUGGGCCUCUGGUUAAAUAGUAUCAGUUUAUAAAAUGUCCAAAUACAUAGAGGAGCCAUAGUGUGGUCUCUUAAGUACAUCAUGUGUUUUUAUUGGCUUGUGCAUUUUAUAUUUUUCAUUUUAAUCAAAAGUAUUAACUUUUAUGAGUAAAAACUUUUAGGUUGUUUCCUAAGGGCUUGUCUACAGCUGAAAACUGUUCCAGAAUAAGGAAGGGUGUAAGUUUAGUUCAGAAGACUAUUAAUAAGACUGCUUAUUCUCGUGUCAAACUCUGCGUUUAUGCUUAGUGUAUGCCCAGUUGUAUGUUGCCAGUUCUUCAAUAUUAGAAUGAUCUAUUCAUAGUUGUUAAAACCAGACGAUGCCAUUGUGGUCAUCUAGUCAGACCUCUAGCAAACACAGGCCCUCGGACUUCCAUGAAUUCAGUUUAGUAAGCUAUUCAUCUGCUGAGACCUGAAAUGUGGGUAUUUCUCCAGCAACAGUUGAUAACCCAACAACAAUUAAAAGAAGUCGGGGAACUGCACUGUUUUAGAUGAUUUUGACAUCUUCUGUUGCUGCAGGGGAAUUGUAGAAGCCUGAAUUGUAGUUUUAGCAGCUAUUUUGUUUUAAAAACAGAUGUAAUAUGUCCUGCAUAAACUGUUAGUAGUUUUGGAGCUUGGCUUACUCUGUUUGAAUCUUUUAUACAACGUUUUUUAAUGUUUCUAUGAAAACUGAAGUGAUACACCUAAGAUUUUCUUAAUUUUUUUAAUAUAAUGCAGAGAGAAAAUACUCAACUGAUCAUAUAUUCCUUUUUUCUUUGAAGUAUUUCUAUGUAAAUAUUACAGUAAUAAGAAUGUUGAUGGACAAGAUGAAAAUUGUACAUAUGUCUUCAUUUUAUGAUUUAAUUGUUGUAAGAUAAUGGCAAUUUUCUAUAAAUAGAUGAAGAGAAUGUAAAUAAUUUGCUGUGACUGUGCAAGUAAAGUUAGUCUUUGUAUAGGGUUUAUUCAUUACAUUUUCUAUAAAGACUCAUCAGAAAAUGAGGAUACAAGCAGUAUUGCAACCUGUUAUGAUAUUUAGUGUAUUACUUAAACUUCCAGCUCCUGGAGUCAGGUUGUUAGGUGAGAAUCUUCUCUCACUUAAAAAAAAAAAAAAAAAAAAAAAAAAAAAGUUUCCAGUUUGAAAACUGUAAAUCUUAAAGGCUCAAACACCAGAAGGCAAAUAAAAAGAAUCCAAAAUUUAUUAUUUUAAA